AUGGCCGGCCGCCUCUCCGGGUGGCUUCACGGCUUCGUCAAUGACGGCCCGCCCGUGCUGCCCAGGCGGCGCAAGCACGCCCUGACGCCGACGCCCUCGACCACCAACCUCCUCUCGACCCAGCCCCGGCUCGACGGCACGGCAAACAGCCCCCUCUUCCAGAAGCUCCCCGCCGAGAUCCGCAUCCAGAUCCUGACGGCGGCCUUUGGCGAGCGGACCCUGCAUAUGGACGUGCUGCUCAGCUACCCGCCGUGGCGGAGCCAGCCUGUCGCCCACGAACGCGCCGUCCCUGGUCAUGGCGGCCUGUUCAUAGAGCCUAGCAGGGCUGGUGACGGCAAGUCCUACCCCGUGCUCGACACGACGGCGCGCCAGACUUGGUUCUGGCACGGCUCCGUCUGCCACCGUAAUCCCCCGGGCACGGAAGAUGAUGGCGGCCGCCACAGCGUUCAGCCCUGCCAGGACCUGUGUCGAAGCGGCAUCACACCGGACGAUACAUGCAGUCAGUGGCCGGGCGUCAGUCCAGAAAAGUGCCGUAUUGGGGCCAUGGGCUGGCUGCGGUCCUGCCGACAAGCUUACUUAGAAGGCAUCGAUAUUCUCUACGGCACAAACACGAUACACACUGCCAGCAAGGCCCUGAUUCUCGACGCCGAUCGGCUCCUGCUACCACAGCGGUUGGCCGCCAUUACCUCGCUUCAAGUGCUGUGGGACUUUGGGUCGCGUCCGCCGUGGGCAGAGAGCUUUCCCAGCAAGGCCAAGGAGCUGAUAGGGGUGUUCGAGGCUAUGCUGCGGGCCGUGCUGUCGUCAUUUCGAGGUCUCAAGACGCUCUACAUCUCCGUGCAGUGGACCGGCCGGGAGCCCCAAGUCACAGGUCCGUGGUGGCCGGGAAACGGGCCGGACGACGCCGUGGAGCGCUUGUUGAUGCGGCGCGUCGACGCCAUGGUGCGGCAGCUGCCGGCGCGUGUGGCCGACUUCGCCCUCGCCGUGCCGAGCUCGAUAUACGUGGAACAGUGCCAAGUCGCGCGUGAAACGCCUGGCAGGACGGUGGAGCAUGUCUCAGACGGGGCUCGAUAUGAGCGCUUCUGGCGGCCGGUUGAGAAGGGCAACGCGCAUGCGGGAUACUGGGUACGACUGGGCCAAAAGGACAUGAAGAUUAGCGAGCAGAGCAUGGUGUCAGACACUCUGCGGCCGCAUGAGUGGAUUUUGUACGCGCAAUGA